AUGACUGACUACACGACGCUCCAAGUCCACGCCGGCCACGAAGGCGGCGAGCCUGGGUCCCGCGCCCGCGCCGUCCCCAUCGUGGCGUCCACGUCGUUCCUCUUUGACAACGCAGACCACGCCGGCAAGCUCUUUGGUCUCCAAGAGUUUGGCAACAUCUACUCGCGGAUCAUGAACCCGACAAACGACGUGUUUGAGAAGCGCGUGACGGCGCUAUCUGGCGGCGUGGCGUCCGUCGCCGUGAGCUCUGGCCAGGCCGCACAGGCCCUGACCAUCUUCACGAUCGCGCAAGCCGGCGACAACAUCGUGGCGACGUCGUCCCUGUACGGCGGCACGUACAACCAGUUCAAGGUCGCGUUUCCCCGCCUCGGCAUCCAAGUCAAGUUCGCCAACCACGCCGACCCUGCCUCGAUCCGGUCGCUGAUCGACGACAAGACCAAGGCAAUUUACGUCGAGACAAUCGGGAACCCCGAGCUGGAAGUGCCCGACUUUGACGCGAUCUCGGCCAUCGCCAAAGAGCACGAGAUCCCGUUCAUCGUGGACGACACGUUUGGCGCGUGCGGGUACCUCGUCAACCCGAUCAAGCAUGGCGCCGACAUUGUCGUGCAGAGCGCGACCAAGUGGAUCGGAGGCCACGGCACGACCAUCGGCGGAGUUGUGACGGAUGCCGGGACGUUCAACUGGGGCAACGGCAAGUUUCCCAUGAUGUCGGAGCCGAGCCCGGGGUACCACGGCCUGAACUUUUGGAAGGUGUUUGGUCCGGGGGGCGUCUUGGGGGCGAACGCGACGUUUGCGAUCCGUCUGCGUGUGGAGAACCUGCGUGACUUUGGGUCGAGCUUGAGUCCAUUCAACUCGUUCUUGCUCAUCCAGGGCCUCGAGACGCUCAGCUUGCGCGUCGACCGCGCCGCGGACAAUGCGUUGACGUUGGCGCAGUGGUUGGAGACGCACCCGAACGUCGCAUGGGUGUCGUACCCCGGCCUUCCGUCGCACCCGUCGCACGAAAACGCCAAAAAGUACAUGUACCGGAAAAAGUACGGCGCCGUGUUGACCUUUGGCGUCAAGGGCGGGCUGGAAGCGGGCCGGUCGUUCAUCAACAGCGUCAAGCUGGCCAGCCACUUGGCCAACGUUGGCGACUCCAAGACGCUCAGCAAUCGGCGACGGGCGUCAAGCCCGACAUGA